CAUCAUUUCAUCCACCAGAUUAAGGGGGUAAAACCCAGAGAACCUUUUUAUGGGUGCAGACUUCAUCUGAGGGGGAGGAUUUACCUGGUUUCCAUUGGGGCAUUUCUCCUGAAAUGCUGCAAGGGUGGGGGGACUCCCCUUUUUCCUCGUUGCCCUGCCGUGGAGAAAGGUUGAGCGCAAAUGCUGAGGAAUGCAGCCCAUUUUCAUUUCUGUUCCCUGUCAUCAUCUGAUGUUUAAGUGGAAAGCUUCCUGCAGCGUGUUCCAGAGAGCUCUGCAGUGUGGUCUGGGGAUAAAUGAAGGGACAAGGAGAAAACUCUGAGCUGGCAGCACUGGUUUCCUGUAGGCACAUAUGUGAACCAGACAGACAGAUGUGCAGAUAAGUAGAGAGAGCAUGUCCGGCCCGUGAGAGGUGCUGCUAAAGGGAAGCAAGGAGGAUGGGGACUGCAAGAGGAAGCUUCGCUGCAGAUAACCGGGCUCGUGGGCCGAAGGACACGUUCUCACAGCCUUGACCUGAUGGAGUCCUAGCCCAUUUUGAACCUCUCUGGAAAGUGAUGGAUGCAGACACCGUGUGCUUCGCAGAGACCUUUAUUGCUCCAAAGCUGCUGGGAUGCAGGUCUCCAGGUUGAGAAGUUCCGGGUAGAUAUGCCUGGCUCGGGCAGUGCCUUCAUCCCCACCAUCAAUGCCAUCACCACCAGCCAGGACCUGCAGUGGAUGGUGCAGCCCACAGUGAUCACCUCCAUGUCCAACCCCUACCCCCGCUCGCACCCCUACAGCCCCCUACCGGGCCUGGCUUCUGUGCCUGGACACAUGGCCCUCCCAAGACCCGGCGUGAUCAAGACCAUUGGCACCACCGUGGGCCGCAGGAGGAGAGAUGAGCAGCUGUCUCCCGAAGAGGAAGAGAAGCGUCGAAUCCGGAGGGAGAGGAACAAGCUGGCUGCUGCCAAGUGCCGGAACCGACGCCGGGAGCUGACCGAGAAGCUGCAGGCGGAGACAGAGGAGCUAGAGGAGGAGAAAUCAGGGCUGCAGAAAGAGAUUGCUGAGCUGCAGAAGGAGAAGGAGAAGCUGGAGUUCAUGUUGGUGGCUCAUGGCCCUGUGUGCAAGAUCAGCCCAGAGGAGCGCCACUCGCCCCCCGCCUCCGGGCUGCAGCCCAUGCGCAGUGGGGGCAGCGCAGUGGGCGCUGUGGUGGUGAAGCAGGAGCCCCUGGAGGAGGACAGCCCCUCGUCCUCGGCAGGGCUGGACAAGGCCCAGCGCUCUGUCAUUAAGCCCAUCAGCAUCGCCGGAGGCUUCUACGGGGAGGAGCCCCUGCACACCCCGGUCGUGGUGACCUCCACGCCCGCCAUCACUCCGGGCACCUCGAGCCUCGUCUUCACCUACCCCAGUGUCCUGGAGCAGGAGCCGCCUGCCUCUCCCUCCGAGUCCUGCUCCAAGGCUCACCGCAGAAGCAGCAGCAGCGGGGACCAGUCGUCAGACUCCUUGAACUCCCCCACCCUGCUGGCCCUGUAACCCCAUGCCCCUCGCAACCCUGGAGGGGUCCUCGCCACCGCCUCCUUCCCAGGGACCAGCAUGUUCCAGCGCUCUAGGGCCAUGAGGGCUGGAGGGUGGCCCCACCAGGGAGCUUCCAGGCUCUGGGGGACCCGGGUGGGACUCGAUGGGGAGACGUUGGAGGACUCGGCCGAUCACUUGGAAGCCAUGGGACCCGCUGUGUCAUUCCAUCUUGCAAGCAAACCCUUCCUUGAGGGGAGCCGUGGAGAACCUGGUCUGGUGGCUUCUGAAGAGCCCGGAGCUGGUCUGGACGUUCUUGUCCCUUUGUUACGUUGUUGUCUCUGGAGUGAUGGUGUCCUUCCCUGCCCCACCAAGCAUGCUCAGUGCCUUUGGUUUCACCUCCCCUCAACUUGCCCCCUCCUUCCCCAGUGUCAGUUCUGCUCCUUGAUUUUUAUCAAAUUUUCCAUGACAUUUCAUCUGGAUAAUCUGGAUAUUAACUCUUCAUGUCUGGAGAUGGGGCAGCAGGUGACUCUUCUGCUGGGGCCGACUUGUCCAGAAGGGGACAAAGUGCAAUACAGAACCUUUCCUCCCGACACUCUCCCGGGCACUGCCACCGCCUGAACCACCGGCGGGGUUCUCUGAGCUCCCCGGGAAGUGCACCGCCACCAGGAGGCCUGAAGGACCCUUCUUUCACACCCUCAGAGACAGCUUUCGGAGGAUCGACGUGGCCAGAAGACAGGGUGUGAGUGAGGUGGCGGGCACAUUCUGGGUGUGCUCUAAUUACCAGGCCAGAAGUAGUGCCAACAAAGCCACAUGGUGUCCUAGACAGCUUCCCUUCCCCCGGUGUCUUGAGCAGGGCGUCUCCUGUAAUUACCGCCUCACCAUUCUGCCCCUGGACCCUUCUCUCCAGACUGGGGAGCGUCCCUCCCUCGGAGCCACACACACUCCAGGCCCUGCUGGGCUCCACCCCCACCCCCCACCCCCGGCUCUCAGGGUGACGCCACCCACAGAGAUUUAUGAGCGUGGGCCUAGGCCCUCCCCAGACUGCAGCAGGUGGCUCCUCCCCAAGCCUCGGAGGAUGGACGAGCCCAGGAGGAGGCCUGGAGAAGGAGGCUGUGUCUGGGGCGGUGUCAGUCGUGGCAGCAGCCUGGCACCCAGCCUGCCCUGCCUGCCCUCUGUGGUCCUCCUCCACCAGAUGGAGCGAAUGCUGUCGCUUUCACGCUCCCCACCUCACCCCGGGGUGCUCUUCUGGCCCUGCCAGCGAGCGGCACUCAGCUAGCCGCGCACUGGGGCUUGGAGCUCUUGUGCCACACUGGCUGGCUGUUGAAUCUUUCCAGCUGCUGAAAUCAGAGCUAGGAUGUGUAGCUUACGGCUGGGAGAGAGCGGCCCUCUUUCCAUGGGUCCCUCCACCUCGGGCAGGAGCACAGCUCGGCCUGGCCUUUCCUCCCCAGCUGGCCCCCUCGGGGAGAGUGCUCUGAGGGGGAAUCUGUUGGGGAUCCAGCUCUGGGCAUCAUUGUCCACCCAUUUAAAGGAGCGAUGUCAUUUAAGGCAAGCCCAAUGGCAUUUAAAUUUCCAACUCUGGAGAGAGCAGCCACCUGUUCCUUUCACACUCCUAGGUGUGCACUAGAAAGGAUGGAAGAGCCAUAGCUUAAAAUACAAAGCCCAGCAGGACUGGAAGUGACGUUUGCAAAGUCAGCCACCUAGAGAGAGGAGGGUUAACACGCUUUGAACACAUUCUUUACCGUGUCCUGGGCUGCCUUCUGGGAGGGGUACCCCCCCCCGAGAAGACUGGCCAGUUGGCUUUCUGAUCUCAGAUUAAGCAAAGAAGCUGGAGGCAGCCAGGAGUAGAAAGAGAUGGGUGAAGAAAACUGGGCGCUUUGAGCUUGGAAAAGCUCAGUCAUCUCAAGCGGUAUUUGUAGCCAGGUGGGAGUUGCUUGCUUCUUUUGCAUAUAGAUAUAUCUUAAAUGAAGCUAUUUUCUGGCCUUUUCUUUCUAAAAGCCCCUUUAUGCACUACUCUGUACUGCGUGGAUCCCCGCGCAGGUCAGCCUGUGACUUGGAUCCACAAUGGACACUCCUGAGCCGGAGUCUGGCUUCAGUUCAGAUUUCAAGCUCCCCUGGUGUGGGAACCAGCCAGCUCUUGGGACUUCAGAGGCCUCUGACUUGCGGUCCUUCCAGAACCUCUUGCUUCAACCUAGGAGGAUGUCUGGCUUCCCCAGGGCCAGAGGUUACUUGGGGAAGGCUGAAUAUUCACACCGAGUCAGGAGCGCACCCUCCGUUCCCACCCUCCUGGCUCGUUGUCCAAGUGCACUCGCAUACACAUCCUUGCUCCAGCAUCACCAGACGCCUGGCCUGCUGCUCCCUCCUCCACCGUUCCAGCUCAGGGGACAGCUGAGUGGGGAUUCGUCUGUGCCUGGCUGAGGAGCUGCUGUACCUCCCUGAGAACCUGCCAUAAGGCAGCUGUGUGGCCUGCAGUGGGGCCGCGCCAGCCCUGGGACGCACACUGCAGGCCCUCCUCCAUUGGCUAGUGUGAAGGCGGCCACGGCUGGCCUCCCUGGGAGCAGUCCUCCCCUUGUCCUGGUGGCUGGGGACAGCUGCUGACACAGGAAAGAGCAGAUCCCAGGUGAUGCUUAGGAAAUUUCCAGAGCCAACUCCAAGCAGAGCACUCCCUGGGGGUGGAGGUGGUUGUGAAAGUCAUCGUUCUGUGUCGGGAGACCAGAUGUUCUCCCUGUGGCCAGUCAGACAAGCAUCUCAAAGCCAAGAGCCACCAGGGGCUGCUGCUUCUCUUAGCCUUUGGGGAAAGGAGUCUGUCUCUGAUCCCACUCGACUCCCAAGUGUCACGAGGGGGCAGCUGGCCUGUCUGGAGCAUGGGAGCUUGUUUCGCCCUUUUCCGUGAUGGACCAGCAGUGCUCCUUACAAUCUCGCUGUGUAACUUUCAGGUUGAUUUCCUUCCCUGAUCUGACAUCCAUGUGGCCCUUUGUGGAAAAGAAUAAGCACCUACUACAUGCUAGGCACUGUUAGGCACUUUCAUAUUUAUCCCCUGUUAGGAUGAGAUUAAGGGAUGAGCGAAUCCCCUUAUAAAAGGCUCCCAAGUAGUAGCUAAAUAAAAACACUUGGAGGUGAGAAGGUCUUUCUCCAAAGACCCGAGGUAAGAUUGCCUUCAGUCUGAAGUUUGUUCUCAAAGACCCAUCCCCUAUUAGCUACCCUCCUCCUGUGCCCAGCCUGUGCUCUUUUGUACCCCUCAGAUGGCUGGAGGGGUGACCUGAAUCUUUAUAGAAUCGUGGACCAAUAGGAUAUUGGUGUGUACAACUUCCUUUUUAAACUUAAGUAAAGGGGUCUUGCUAUGUUCUGCUUGUUGAGUCUUCUUGGCAUUCAUCUUUAAAGCCAGCAUCUUACUAUUUAUUGACAGGUGUGUGUGUGUGUGUGUGUGUGUGUGUGUGCGCGCGCGCGUGCAUGUGUGCGUGUUCACGUAUGUGUAUAUUUCCAAGUGUGCUGUGUCUUGCAGAUUUUUAGAAGGAAACCCAGUCAUCCCACUACCAAUUUGGCAUCUUCUCAUGCUUCUUGUGUUUGGGGCCAUGUGUCAACAAAGGGUUUUAAUAGUCUAAUGUUGACAA